UUUUUGUAUAAAAUAUAAUUUUAUCAAAGCUUAUUCCUUAAAUUCGAUUGUGAAAAUGUCUAGAACAAAUAAUACGAAAAACGAGCUCUUCAGAAUUUAUCCUGGCCGGAAGGCAAUUAAAAUUGAAAAAAAAGCGUUCACAGAAUAAACAGCCUGCCUACUACAAUAUAAUGACUUAGCCUAUGGUCACUUCCUUAAAAUAUUACAUUUUGAAAAGUGGCGGGAAAUUAAGUAGUAUAACUUUACCAUCCUCGUAAUAAUUUAAUUGUAGUAAUUAUAUAUCACAUUAUUAUAUAAUUAUAUGAACAAAAUUGUAAAACAUAAACUGCAUUUAUCUUAAAAUAAUGGAUUCGACAAUAGAAAAAAUUAAGCUAAAGGAACAAGAAAAAGAAGCAAAAUUAAAAGAAAAAAGAGAAUUAAAUUUGUCAGAUGAAACUAGUAUUACAUUACUUCAACGAAGUAUUCGCGAUACAUUGACUCUAAUAGACAAACUGCACGAUGAGGAGAAGGCUUUAAAUGAAAGGAUAAUAAACCUAUCGUCGCAGAUAGAGUUAGAGAAAAUAAGAAAUAUAGCUAUUACGUCUGAAGUCGAAGUUUUAAAAAAGGAACUUGAAGAUUUAAAAGAUGACAUAAAUUAUAAUAUUUCUAACGUAUGGAAAAUUCGGUCAUCCUAUUGUGAAGCGGUAAAGCAAACUUCAGAUGAAUACGAUGUUUGGGCACUUCUAAUAAAACCAGUCUGCACCGAACCCAUAGUACGAAAUAACACACCAGAAAAAGAGAUAGUAUCAAAUGAUGGCAGAUUGCAUACUGCAAUUGAAAGACGGGAGAAAGCUAUAGCAGAGCGCAACCGCUUACUCGCCGAACCAGACACUGGGGAUGAAUUCGUUCGAAUCAAAAAUGCACUAAAGUACCUUGAAGAAAAAGUUGCAAAUCUAAGAAAUUAAUUUAAAAGACAAUGGUGUAAGUCUUAUGGUUUUUGUUUUGUUUAAAAAAAAAUACUGAUCUAGGUGAACUGUUCAUUGCUUGCUCAUCGCCGAGAUCAACGAUAGCUAAAAUGGUCAAAAAUGCAAUGGACUGAAUAAAUACUUUAAAAAGACAUUAUUGU